AUGAGUAAAGCUUUGCUUGCGUUCGUAUGGAUUGCAGGUCCUCUUACCGGUACGCUCGUGCAGCCAUAUAUCGGUAUCUGCAGUGACAAUUGCCGGGUAUCAUGGGGGAAACGAAAACCAUUCAUGAUCUUCGGCGGAAUGGCCACGGUUGUGGCUCUGCUGGCUCUCGCUUGGGUGCAAGAGAUUGUGGGCGGCUUUCUCGGAAUCUUUGGCGUUGACCCGGCCUCUUCGGGCACCCGGACGGUAGUCAUUAUCCUGGCGACUAUCUUGAUGUAUUGUCUGGAUUUUGCAAUCAACACAGUCCAAGCAGGCAUUCGAUGUUUCAUAGUUGAUAAUGCGCCCGCCCAUCAGCAGGAAUCGGCAAAUGCCUGGGCUUCGCGAGUCACUGGCGUGGGGAAUAUUUUCGGAUACAUAUUUGGAUAUAUUGAGCUACCGAAAUAUUUCCCCUUCUUCGGAGACACCCAGUUCAAAGUCCUGUGUGCACUGGCAUCGAUAUCACUUACCGUCACGCUGUUAAUCAGCUGUUCAUACAUCAAGGAGCGCGACCCACGACUAGACUCGCCGGCGUCGUCAGGAAACCCCGGGAUAGUCACUUUUUUCAGACAGGUUUUCAAGUCGAUCAAGCAUCUGCCGCCGCAGAUUGCCAAAGUCUGCGAAGUCCAACUGGCUGCAUGGGUUGGCUGGUUCCCCUUCCUCUUCUAUGCCACGACAUACAUUGGCCAGCUUUACGUGAACCCCAUUUUCGACGAGCACCCGGAUCUAUCUGAUCGGGAAAUCAAUGAUGCAUGGGAGACAGCCACCCGGAUCGGAACCUUUGCUCUCCUGGUUUACGCGAUCAUUUCAUUUGUUACUAACAUAGCGCUCCCUCUUUUCGUUGUUCCCACCUACGAUCCCGUUGUCCCAGCCAAAGAUCGCCCUGCAGAUGGCAGGUUGGACGAGGAACCCGUCCUGAAUGACAGAAGAAGGUCAUUUUCUAGCCUCCCAAGUGGAGAGCCACCGGUCGAUAGAGCGCAUGGCAAGCGAUUCGAUGCUGCCGAAGGACCGAAAUGGUUGUCCAAAUUGCAGAUCCCCGGGUUCACUCUCCGCCGAGCGUGGCUCCUGUCGCAUGUACUGUUCGCACUAUGCAUGCUCAGUACAUUCUUCGUGUAUAGCUACCAAGCCGCCACGGUGGUCAUUGGGUUGGUCGGAAUCUGCUGGGCCGUGACGCUUUGGGCACCCUUUGCCCUAAUCUCUGCGGAGGUGGCACGCAUCGAUGCGGAACGCCGGAUCAAGCGUCAACGGCUGGCGAUAGCUGACGGCGGCGAGCGGCAGUUUGCGAACGGCACUCAUACCCCAUUCGAUCGAGAGGGCCCUGGUGGUGAUGAUGAUGAUGAUUUGGAAACGGGCUCGACGUCAACUCCUCUGAAAGCAGAAGCGGAGGACGAGAAUCUGGCGCAGGCGGGGAUCAUCCUGGGGCUGCAUAACGUGGCGGUUUCUGCGCCUCAGAUCCUGUCGAGUCUGGUCUGCAGUGUGAUCUUCAAGAUGGCGCAGAAGCCCAGAGGGAGAGCGGCGGAAUCGGAGACAGACCCCGACGAAGAUGCUCCGGAAGCUGGUACCAAGGAGUUCUUUAGCUCCUGGGCGCUUUUCAUCCUGAUUAUGCUCCUGAUGUUUGCGCUCUUCACGAGUUACAUUCUCCAACAGAAGAAGAUCCAGGCAGUCCACGAAACCGUCCUGUCCAUUUUUGCGGGUAUGUUCGUCGGGUUGAUUAUCCGGCUGAGCCCCGAAUCGCCUAUCCAAGACAGUGUCACCUUUGACUACCAGUUUUUCUUCAACCUCCUUCUUCCGCCGAUUAUCUUGGCUUCGGGAUACGAAUUACACCAGGCGAAUUUCUUCCGGAACAUCGGCACCAUCUUGACUUUCGCAUUCGCGGGCACCUUCAUUUCCGCGAUCGUGCUAGGACUGGUUUUGUUUAUCUGGACGAGGAUUCCGCUAGAUGGGCUGAACAUUACCUUUGUCGAGGCGAUCUCUGUGGGCGCAACGCUGUCCGCUACCGACCCUGUCACCAUCCUCGCCAUCUUCAACCUCUACAAAGUCGAGCCGAAACUCUACACGGUGAUUUUUGGCGAGUCGAUUCUGAACGAUGCCAUCGCGAUUGUUCUGUUCGAGACGGCGCAGAAAUACGCGGAUAGCGAAGCUGGGUCGUUGUCCUUCCUCAACCUUUUUGAGGCCAUCGGCCUGUUCUUGUUGGUGUUCUUCGGCAGUAUGCUGGUAGGCAUGAUCGUAGGGAUCAUGACUGCGCUGGGCCUGAAGUAUACGCACGUCCGUCGGCAGCCUAAGAUCGAGAGUUGUUUGAUUGUCCUCAUUGCAUACGCCAGUUACUUCUUCUCCAAUGGCGUUUAUCUUUCCGGAAUCGUGUCUCUCCUGUUCUGCGGCAUUACGCUGAAGCAUUAUGCCUACUACAACAUGUCUCGCCGAACGCAGUUGACAACAAAGUAUCUUUUCCAGGUGAUGGCACAGUUGUCUGAGAACUUCAUCUUCAUCUAUCUUGGCCUGGACUUGCUGGUCCAACGAAACCUGCAGUUCAAACCCCUGUUCAUCAUGGUCACCGUUUUUGGAAUCUGCAUCGCCCGCUACCUGGCCGUUUUCCCGCUGUCCAAAGCCAUUAACUGGUUCAUCCGAUACCGGGCUCGGCGCCGUGGGAUGGAUGUCGCGGAUGAGCUGCCCUUCGCCUAUCAGGCCAUGCUCUUCUGGGCCGGGUUGCGGGGAGCUGUCGGCGUCGCGCUUGCUGCGGGCCUCAAGGGUGUCAAUGCGCCGGCCCUGCGCGCGACCGUCCUCGUCGUUGUCGUGCUGACCGUCAUCAUCUUUGGCGGCACGACCGCUCGAAUGCUGGAGAUUCUCGGGAUCCGCACGGGUGUGGUCGAAGAGUUGGAAUCGGACGAUGAAUUCGACAUCGAGGUGACAAACGGAGGCACGUAUUAUAAGCGCUCCGACACCGCUCUCGGAUACACGCCUCGUCGGAUGGAUUCCACAAUUCCCCUAGACGGGAUGCAGCGAGGAACCAUAGACCGGAACGACAGCUACUCGAGUGGUAACAAUCGCCGCCCAAGCCCUCCGGCGCCGUCCUCUUCCGGCCGGAGUCGCGGUCAUUCGCGACUCUACUCGAACGCGUACAGUCCCAAGGACACGCAGACGAGUCGGGACCGAUCCUCAACAGCCACGCUCCUUAAUAACGGCGGCGCCCCAAGCCACAGCGGCAGCAGCGCGGCCAGCGAGGAUGAAUUUGGUCUGAGAACCACUGGCAAAAGUCGCGUGCCGGACGCCGACCAGGUCGACGCCUUUGACCUGGACGUGGAUGAUGCCCCCUCGGAUGACGACCUCCCUCCAUCUGCACACGCAGCAUCUCGGCUACGUCGAUCUCCCUCCCAUCUGGGAGGCUCCCAAGCACCCCCUUCGGCCAGCGCGUCUCCCUCGAGACGAGAAGCGUCGGGAAUGAGCGCCAGAGAUGCCAUUCGCGAUCUUUUCUCCGGCGGAGCGUCCGGAGACCAUGCCGCCUGGUUUCGGCAGCUGGAUGAAGAUUAUAUCAAGCCCCGACUUCUGCUAGACCAGUCAAAUCAUAAGGGGCCCGGUGCCGUUUAG